GUUUGUGUUCAAGUCAUCGAGACAAAUUUUGUUAAAUUGUUACAUAUAUCAGGCUUUUUAGGUAUUAUAAUUUGUUAUAUUAUGGUUAAUGAUACUACCUAGUAGUAGUUGUUUAAGCUGUUAUUAACUAAGGCAGAAGUGCGUUGUGUAAAAGUGGUGUGCUUAAGACAGAAGCCAGAGCAUCGCAUUUUGAUACAUGUGUAAGAAAGACAUAUGGGAUUAUAGCUUGUUAAUAAAUAAGGACUAGUGAUUGUUAGCUAGUGAGUUAUUCUCCGGUGGUAGUGAUGAGUCUAAAAAUCUGAUGAGACAGUUCUCAGUAUUUUUUCGUUAUUUCUCUAGCAUUUAUGUACACGUGUAAUUCAGUUAUUUGCUUGUUUUAUUUCCUUGAGUUCCGACUGGAACUUAUGGCUUCAAGCUUGAGUUUUGAAGUUUCAAUAGCGUCGGCGUUUAGUUUUUACGGGAUAGGGUUGCUGGUCUCAUACCUAACCUUAUUACCGGCUGAGCGAGAGGUUUAGCAGUGCGACCGCCAGGAAUCGUACCCCGAACCACUUACGUGGUCGAAGAGUAUUUUACCACUGAACUACCGAUACACAGUGGUAGAAUGGUAAUAAAUCCCUUGAUAUCGAGUAACAGGGACUCGAACGUCAGGGGAAUAAGUUUAAUCCAUGUUGUAAAAUUAGGUGCUUACUGAUGAGCGUCAGCAAACUUGAAACUUAGGUUGAAUAAGCGAAAUUACAUUAUGGCUGACUUGUAGUAUAAUACACUACCUUAGUACUGUAUUCAUCAGUUUGGUAAUUACCAAAUAAUCUCCUGGGGAUAAAACUUGUCUUAUUCUUUUUGAGGCAGAUGUGUGCAUAAUUGACCACUAGACAAUAUAGUGUUGGUUAGCUAAUUUGGGAAACACUGUAUUGUCUAGAUUUUGAGUCUUUUGUGGAAUAUUGAUCACUUUUGAAUGUGCAGAUGUCGUCACAAAUCAAUAAGAGUUAGAAAGUCAAUCGUUCAUCCAGUUAGUACUACCCCUGUCGUAAGGUGAAAAUUCUUAGUGAGGUUUCUGGUGAGGUCAUAUGUGUAUACGUACACCGAAGUCUCGAACUCGGACGAAAUAUCCCACCAUGAUUCUAUUAAUUUUGUUGGUUCAUGAUGAAAUGAGCAUUCCUUCCUUACAUUCCGAGUGGAACAAAGCGCUUCAAGCUUGAUCUUUGAAGUUUCAGUAGUAACAGUGGUGUUUUUUUUUACGGGGUGGAGUUGCUAGUCCAACCUUCCCUCUUACCAGCUAGUUAACUAGUCGAGGUUUGUUGGAGUGUGUCGAGCGGGGAUCGAACUUGGACCACAUGCGUGGUUGUUGUAAUAUAAAUAAACUGAAUGGCAUGUAGAAUGUGUUUUACCACUCAAAUUUUUAUGAAUACCGACUAAUAUUGUGAAACUCGUCAUUUCCGAAUAAGACAGCUCAAGGUGAGAAAUCACCAAAGUUUCCUUUGAUUAUCUCAGGUAUUCAGAUCACAAUAUGUGAUCUGCAGAUAAAUUUCAAUCUAGGAAGCAUGUUAAGUAGCAUAGGGAUUUCAUACUAAUGAUUGAUGUGAGUAGCGGGAUACAAUUCAUAUCAAGGUGUGUAGUGAUAGUAGUAGGAAGAUCGGAGUGAUCUAAAUGCUAAACGUCCGUUUUACCUUUUUGUGGUUCAUUGUCAUCAGUAGUGUACAUGGUUUGACUCAGCUCAUGGAGCUGAAUUAGUUGCAAACCACUGAAAUUCCGGCAGCCAAAAACUGUGUAAUUUGGAAGUACGAGAUAAGUAGUGUAACAAUACUGUUGAAGAUCGAACACAUAUCUAUUAACCGAAAGAGACAAAUCCUAUCUAGGCCUACACGUGAGUCACAUGUAUAACGUGAUGGCCAAUGAUAUUAUAUAGUUGUCUAGACAGGAGUAGGUAGAUGAAGCGGGUUUUGAACCUGCGAUUCAUUGGGUGACUGAAAUCUUAACUCCAUCGGGGUUGGCAAGUAAGACUUCUCAGCUCACCAGUCAUAAUUCGAUUGGCAAGGCCUAGCAUAAAAAAUCGUGUUUAACACUUGUCAGCCACACACACGCACUUAAAAACAUUCCUGUGAGUAAUAGUAAUCCCCCCGUCGUCGAAAAUCGAAACCAGACAUCACUAUAUCAGACACUAUAGUUUUGGUUAUUGGAUCACAAGACUACGAUAGGCGACGGGAAAUUAUCUAUGCUUCUCAAUGGUAUAGUGUGUUUGUUUGUUCAUGAUACAGUGAUUUCAAGAUUCUGCAUGUGGCAUGAUCCUGAUGACCUAAUGAUUCCCGACAGAAAUCCCACUGUCAUUAUAGUUGGACAGUUGAGGACGUUUUCCUGACAUAUAAUGCCAUAUAAUAUAGUUUGCAAAUUGACAGUUUAUUUUGGAUAUGUUUAGUGUAACUUUUGUUUUAAGGGUUAUUGGUUGAAAAUUCGCUCCCUUAUCCUCUCUCUCCCUUACUAUCUUCUACAGAUAUGAGUGAAUUAAUUAUACCUAACGGUAAUUCAACGGAUUCAGAAUAUGAAUCAGAUGGUUGGCAAGAAGUUACAGUGCCGGAUUCAGCUUCACCAGAAAAAUAUAUCUGUUUAGUGUGUGAUGUAAAUUGUGAUUCUGUAGUCGGAUUUUUUCGUCAUCUCACUAUACAACACGAAUGGGUUAACCUAUUAGAUGGUGAAGGCAGAAGUAUAUUCAAUGAUCAAUAUGAUUGGAUUCGUUUUGUAAAUUUUGUGCGUAAAACUAAACCAACUGAUUUACGUCAAGCGUUUUUUGAUAUGGUUUGGAAAACAGAUUCCAUGGACUUACUUUAUCCUGUCUUAACGGAUGAUGAGGUUUUAUCAAUUGAUAUUGAAUCAUAUUUGGUAGAUAAUAGUCAAAAUGAACAAGUUGUUAAUGGAACAGUGCUAUCAAAUGGAUUAAAUGCUGGCGCUACUGGUACUACUUAUUCCAGAGAGCUCAUUAUUGAGCGUCCAUCACAGGAAUUGUUACGACUAGUAGAAGAGAAUAGAACAUUACGCGCACAACUAAAUAAUUGCAAACUUCUACUUUCAAAUAUGGCUAAAGAGCCAGUAAGAACAAAAUCAUCUAGUCGUUCACCAGAUCGUAAGUCUGAUAUCAUCGAACCGAAUGAUUCUUCGUAUUUUGGAUCUUAUGGCCAUUUUGAGAUACAUGGUGAAAUGAUAAAUGAUCGAAUACGUACUGAUUCUUAUGUGAAUUUUAUUUUAUCUAACUCUGACAAGUAUUUUAAGGACAAGAUAAUCUUAGAUGUUGGAUCUGGUUCAGGUAUACUAUCUAUGAUUGCCUCAAAAGCUGGUGCUAAACAUGUUUAUGGUGUAGAGGCAGCUGAUGAGAUAUAUGCAGCUUCACAUGAAACUUUAAGGGUGAAUAAUCUACUCGAUCGUAUUACAAUUAUACAUGGUCAAGCAGAGUCUGUUGAACUUCCUGUUAAAAAAGUUGAUGUUAUUAUCUCAGAAUGGAUGGGAUAUUUUCUAUUCUUUGAGUCAAUGCUUGACUCUGUGCUGAAUAUUGCUUCAAAAUAUUUAUCCCCAGAUGGAUAUAUAUUCCCGCGUCAUUAUACACUUCAUCUAUUGGGUGUGCAAUGCUCAGAUAAAUUACGUCAACGUCGACUGGAACAUUGGAACAAUGUUUAUGGAUAUAAUAUGCCAGCAUUGCGUCGUGCUGCAUUGAGUGAAGCUCAUAUAUUAAAUUUAACAAAUGAACAAACUCCAUCCUCACCAUUAUUAUUCUCACCCAAUGUGUCACUGGCAUCCUUACAAUCAUCAUUCGCCACUUGCUCAUCAGAAUCGGGGAAAACAACUUCACCGAUUACAAUUUUAACUUCCCAACCGUAUGAAUUAAUCGAUAUAGACUUGUGUGAUAUGCAUAAGCAACGCGUUUAUAAUUUAACAAAUAACUCUUCUAUAUUAUGUGAACAAAAUUUUAGUUUGCUCAUACAACCAUCGAAUCUAUCAACAAAGAUAAGUGGCACUUUUAAAUUAGAUGCUAUUGUUGGAUAUUUCAAUGUACGUUUUAAUGAUGCAGCAGACGUCAAGGUUGAAUUUUCAACAUCACCGACUGCUCCUUUGACACACUGGAAACAAACACUGUUGUUCUUAGAUAAGCCAAUUCUUGUUAAGCCAAGUGAUUUAGUCACUGGGAAGAUAACAAUUCGUCGUGCAACACUCGAUAAUCGUGGAUUGGAGAUUACUUUAAAGAUUAACGGGACAAUGGAUUAUCCUGAAGAUCUCACAUGUUUUGCCAAGUCAGAUUUCAAUCAUGUUCAAUGGAUUAAUGAAGCGUUGAAACCUUAUGCCUCUGAUCCGAAUUACCUGGAUCAAAAAGUAUCUGAUCUGGUUUUACAACUUCAAAAUCAAAUGAAGGAUGUUAUGCAAACAUUGGAUCAUGCAUGUCAAGAGGCGAUUUCUUUUGUUCCACGUGUUCUACGUGAAAUGGAAUCAGUCAAAACCGAUGCAACAAUAUUGGAUUCCGAUUUGAAAUCACUACAACAUGAUAAUCUUCAAAUGGAUAAUAAUAGUCAAAGUAUUGUUACUUCACUUGUUGAAUUGGAUAGAACACGAAGAAAUGCUCAGUCAGCUGCAGAUGCCUUACGUGAAACAGAUCGUUGGAUUAAUUUAAUUCAAUGUAUCAACGAGUUAUUUGAAACAGAAGACUUGGACCAGCUUUGUUCCACUAUUGAAUCUAUGGAUCAGUGUCUAAUUUCAUUGAUCUAUGUGAACGACUAUGAAGAACGUGUCAAAGCUGUUGACAAAUAUAAAAACAAUUUAGAAAGUUUAAUUGCACCACAAUUAAUUCAAUCCUUGGAUGAAUUGAAUUCAAUAAUAAUGCAAAAUAUACAUAUGAUGAUGAAUAAUGGAGGCGGUGAUGACGAAAACAACGACCAUGGAAGUGAUUAUUAUACGUCACUACCAUCGCUGACAUUACUGCCAACAGCCACGACAAAGACAUUGACAUCUGUACAACCAUUGAAUGAUUAUCGUAAAUGUUUAAGGAAAACGAAUCAUUUACUAAAUUUAUUAUAUCGUAUUGGACGUGAAAAUGCUGCUAAAAAAUAUUAUACUAAUUGGCUGAAAGAUCAGUUGACAAGUUUUUGGAAUCGCAGCAUGUCCCAAACAAUAACAGAAUCAGCCACACUAACAACAACGGCGGCGACAACAACAGAUACAAUCUUGUUAACAUCACUUGUUCAAGAUUUAUCUGCAUAUCCAUCUAAUUUAAUUGGAGUCGAGAAAUCAACAAAGAUGAAUUAUUUGUCAUCAACAGUUUCUGAGAAUGAUAAAAAUUCAUCAACUACUAUCAAGAAUAUAAUAUAUUUCUAUGCAUUAAUAAUUAUUUUCUUCAAAGGUCAGUUAGGUGCCAAAUUAUUUACGGCACCACAAAAAGAACAAAAUUCGACUCGACCAUCUUAUCCGAUUGGAAUACUUGUAGAUUUUACUGAAUCACUGGAAUCGCUUAAAUCAUUUCAAAAAUUUACUAAUUCAAUAUCUGAUUAUUAUUCACUUGGAUGUUUGUUCCGGGUAACUGUAAAAUGUUUACAUUGUUUUGAAGAACUUCUAGUUCCAAUUUAUUCUGAUAUUAUGCGGAAUAAUCAAUGCUCCAGUGAUGUGAAUAGUUUUGAUAAUAAUGACAGUGAUAGUCAUCAUAAGAAGGUCAAAGAUAAUUUUGUUGAAAAUUUCAAAAAUGCUUUCACUCGACUCAUUCAAACAAUGAUCAAUCCAUUUAUAGGUCUACCCGAAUUAUUUGCUAAGCAUAUACGUCAACAGUUUGAUCAAGAGUUGAAUAAAUUGAAUAUUACAGUCGGCAACAAUCUAUCUGAUGUAUGGAAAAAGUUGAAUGAAGAUGUUGUCAGUCGAUCUCUGGGUUUAUUUUGUGAUGCAAUUAACUUGUGUUUUGAAGCAACUGGUGCUAUAAGUACACCAUUCAUACUGGAUAUUAUUCAUUCCUAUUGGGAUUCACUUAUUGCUAAAUGGAUGGUAUGGAAUAAUUGGAUUGAAAAACAGUUAGUUAAAUCUGAUUCUGAUUUGGGUUAUAAUCAAGCCUACGGCUUUAUGUGGGUAAUAAAAUUUGCACAUUUAACAGGUGAUUUAAGCUCACAGUCUGAUACUUUUGUCGAAUAUGCCAUGUCAAAAUGUACAGAUUGGCUGUCACAAAUUUUAAAUGCUGAUGAGAAUAUAAUCACACCUAAAGAGAAGAAUACGCUGGCCUUCAGUAGUACAAAAAAUGAUAAUAGUAGCAGUAAUAAUAACACCGAUAAUCUGCCCUCUCGUAUACCAAAUAUCCUUCUCUGCAUCUUACGUCAAUUAGUUUUAAAACAAUCAUCAGAAUGUCAACAUUCAAUCAAAAUUAUAGCACAUUCAUCUGGUCUCACAACACCACCACCAAAUGAAAUGACAAAUCAUCAAAGGACAUUAACCAGUUCAACAAUGCUGAAAACACGUUCUAAUUUGCAUGGAUUUCAUAAGUCGAGUUCUAUGCUAUGUCGUGCUACAGUUGGUAUUGUACGUCAAGUUGCUUUAGCCCCAAUACGUUAUUAUUUAAAACCUGUAAAAGAUUUAACCAUCUGGUUCACUUAUCCAAAUAAUGGAGAAGUAUGUCUACCAGAUAUGGCGUAUCUACCUCAGGAUUAUAUCACUCAAAUUGGUCAGUAUCUGUUUAUGCUACCAGGUCAGUUGGAACCGUACUUAUCAACUAGCGAUACGAGUUUUGAAAUAACUGAAGGAAGUCAAUUUGAUGAUUCGCCACCGUCAUUAUCAUCUACCGGUUUAACACAAUGUUUAUAUUUAGGUGAUUUAGAGACUAGUUAUACAAUUACAUCGCAUAAAAUAAGCGAAAGUCAACAACAACAACAACAGCAGCAGCAGCAGGUGUCGCCAACAACAUCUUCGGCAUUACAACAACAAGAAGCCAGUGGAACAACAACAACGUCAAAAACACCUCGUAAACGGCUACUAAGUAGUAAUUUUAGUCAUCAAAUGAAAUCUACUCCAGACAAUACUAAAACACCGAAUGAGUCCUUUGUCUACUAUUGGUUAGAGAAUUUAAUUUCUGUGAAUGUCUGUGAUCUUAUUAUUAAUACAAUCCUACAAAUUGGUAUGAAUAAGUCUGCUGUGAAACCAUUAACAAAAGAAUCAAAAAUAUCUGCUAUAAAUAAAACUUCAAAAUCGAAUGGUGACGAGGAUGUUGACGGAUAUGAAAGUGAUAAUGAUGCAGACGACCAACCGCUACUCACUAAACAUGGUUUAAAACAAUUAGAUGUAGACUUGGGUUAUCUGUUCAGUAUGCUCCAUGAUUUAGGUGUUACUGUUCCGAGUAAUCUGCAAACAUUACGUGAUUUAAUCAAUUGUGAUGCAGAACAAUUCCCCAAGUUAUGCGCUGAUCGUCCACCUAAAAUUGUAAAUACCGUAGCUAAUUUCCGUGGUUUUUAA